GCGGUGCGGAUCACAGUCUGUGCAUGUCGGUCGUCAAGCGCGGUCGGUCGCGCUCGCCGCGGCACCAUGUCGCGACUGUACGCGUUGUUGGUGCUCGUGGCGUUUGACUCACUCGUGUGUGCGGACACUUCACUCGGACUGUGUAAACGGUACGAAACUUUCUGCGAGUGUGUUCCAGCUGCUCACCCGUCAUGGACUAUUGUCAACUGCACGGUGCCCCGUGAUCAGACAAUAGAUAUAUUGGAAGGAGAUUUGCCCGAAUCGACGACUGACCUCAUAGUGACGGGAGCAGAAAGUGUCCUUUUUGGCGCGAACUCCUUGGCAAAACUACAAGAUGCGAGGCAUAUAUACCUAUCCGGUAAUAGAGUCGUGCUGAUGAGAAAGUUCGCUGCUGUCAAUCUCAACGUCAUCAGCGUCUACCUUGAAAUUGACAAGACCGACAUCCUGCGUAUAGAAGAAAGCACCUUCAGUAAUAUCAAAGGUCCUCUGUCGGUAUCCAUCAGAGAUUGCGACUACGUUAAGCUCGAGGGAGCAGCAUUCUCCUGGCUACUCACCAUGAGUAUUUCUAAUGUUCGACAACUGCAACUGAACUCUAGAGCCUUUAAGCUCGACCGGUCAGCGGCCAACGUCGGAGAGCACGGGCCAGGAAUGACGAUCGAGUUAAAAAACCUGACAAUACCAGAGUUUUCUGAAGAGGUAUUCGGAUCUUCUGCCGCUGGGAUUACAAUGGAAGGCAUUGAAGUUCGUGCGCUAAAAACAAGAUCAUUCUCAGCGAAUACAUACAACACAGUGCUGGCGGUCAAUUGUACAUUUGAUCUUAUAGAAAGCGAUGCCUUCGCCCAAAACUCCCUGAUCAACAAUCUACACUUCUACGGGUGCAAAAUUCAUCAAAUAGCGUCAAAAGCACUGCUAUCAGCUGUCGCUAGCCUGAACAUUUCUCAUACCAGAUUUGAAAUUAUCGACACCGGAGCCAUAAACACUACUAUCGUUGCGGUCGUCAUUCAGGACAGCAAGUUUAACAAGUUUAUGGAAAAAGGUUUAGUUUUUACUUCUUGGAACAAAAUUCUGAUGGAACGUAACAGCUUCGACGAACUACCCCCCAAUGCUAUAGUGGCAACAAGCGCAACUGUAAAAGAACUAGUAUUUGGUGAAAAUGAAAUAGAGACAGCAAAUGCCGAAAGUCUCAUGUUUAUCGGUCAUGCCCACGCAAAUUCUGCCCAAAAUGUAGUAUAUAAAAACAAUUACUUCGGGACACCAUGUCAUUGUAACAUAACUCCAUGGCUUGUGAAAGUCUUGGAUGUGAGCACAGAAGCCGCGUUUAUUGCGCAAAGUUACUGUACCGUGGAUGAAUUUUUUGCUCGCUGUUUCAACGAGCCUGAACAAAAUAUGGUAUUCAAGAAAUUUUUGGAUAGCGUUUGUACUAAAGACCCUAGUAUAAAAUGUGAACAAUAUAACAGUGUAAAAGAGGGGAAUGUCGUUGAAAUUAAAAAUCCUAGGUUUCCUCAUAAGAGCAACAAUCAAAGUGGUUUGAGUGAUAGAGAUAAAAAAGUAAUCGGUAUAGUUAUAGUUACCGCUUUGGGAUGUGCAAUAAUUGCAAUGUUCGUAAGCUUUAUAAGGUGGAUGAGACGAAAAGGGUACUGUGUUACAGUGAAAAAUUUUUUAAUAUCUUCAAACUCGUCUUGUGGAACUUUUUGUGAUAGAUUUUGUGCCUGCGGGAUGAACUCUGGACUUGACAACGCGGGUUCUAUUUCCCAAUUAUCAGUAAACGAAUAUUCCGAACGCCAUCGACUCAACGAACCUCGAGCGCAAGACAUAAUUCAGGAGACUACUCUUCCCGAUAUGUACACAGAACAAGUGGUUCCUGUAGAAGACAAGACCACGCAAACUUUACCAGAAGAACUAACCAAGGAGCUUUUAGAAAGCUUAAAAGAGAAAUUAGAAGAUCCUGAAAACUAUGUUGAAGCACGUGAAAUGAUAGAACAUUUAUAUGAAUUAAUCAAAGUAGAAGAGAGUUGCAAUACUAACACUCCAACCUCGAUGCCAGUUGAUGAAAACAUAUACGAAUUGCCAUUCCAAAAUACUACGCCAAGGAUUGGCAAAAACAAGAAGCAGAUGAUCAGUAUCGGUACAAGGACACCAUCUCUAGAUAAAUUAACACCACUUUCCCCAUAUAACAGGCAGACUGCGCUAGCUCACGAAUACUUCGAACCUAAAGAUUUUGCAGUUCAUUUAUAUGCCGAAAUAGCUAAUUGCGAUAAGGAUAAGAAAACUUUAUUAGGUGUCAUGCCUGAUGUCGUCGGUGAGCAAGCUGUACCCCGAGGACCGUAUCUACGAGCUGUUCGCGAUAAAAUACACUCGUCAGCCCCCACUCCUUCUCCCAGUAAAUCCUUAAACAUUUCGGCAAGUAGUCCACAACACUCAUCCACUAUAAAAUCUAACAAAUCGACAGCAUCCAACUCAUCUGGAAAGAUGCUCAAUCGACCCCUGCCCGAAAAGCCCAUAAGUUUAGAUCCCGGGGAGGGUACUUCUCUCAAACAUGGGUGAGGGUUGGACGAGGAGCUGUCUAUGCCGAUGAACUCGAGCGCGGCCUGCACACAGCGCCGCUCUGUUCAGCUGCAGCAGCAGCUCCGAUUUGCUCCCGAACAUACGGACUUCUACUGGAGUCUGGAUCCGUGCGUGACGAGUUAAGCGUGGUACACCUACGACUACAAGUACGUGCGCGCCAAAGCUUAUGCGUUUCUUUGCCUGUGAUAUUAAUUUUGUUUAAUUGUAAUUAUUUCAAGGCCAUGCAAAUAAGUCGUGCCACACAUGGUCGUAUGUUUAUUUGUAUAUAAUUAUAUUAAGACUAAUCAAUUAUUAGAUAAGGCUAUCUAGAAUCAAUGUUCUGAAGUUGAUUAUGCUAUAAGGAACUAUUAUAGCUACCAUUGAUGUACAGUAUGGUAUGAACGUUACUUGGCUUUAUUUUUUCUACCUAUGCAAUUUUUUUAUAAACCAAUGAAAUGAUUGUUAACGUAGGGGCCAAAAUACCGGCUCAAUGGGCUAUUACAGCUUGAAAAUACCCUAGGUCUGUGAUGUUUUCAAACAAAAAAUAUAUUUUUAAUAAGAUAUUAUUACAUUACUGCUAUAAGAAAAAGAUUAGACAUCUGUCUUGUCAAUAAUAAACUAGGUGAGCUGUAAUAGCCCUUUAAAGAGCUGUGACAUUUCAUUUAACUAUUUGUAGAUACGUAUUGUAACGUGUCUUACUCUGGACACCUGUUUUGCACGGGAAGCAUGGUCGCGCGAUAGAAGAUAAAAUAUCAGGCCGUCCCUAUCGCACUAUUAGUAAGUGCGAUAGGGACGGCCAGAUGUUUUAUCAUUUAUCGCGCGACCAUGCUUCCCGUGCUGGUCCAAAACGAAGUGAUAACUUGCUUGUAAAUUUUAUUCUAAUACUAUGUCCAUUAUUCACUAAUGGUUGACUAAAACUGCUUACUAUUUUUAACUGUAGACGUGAUACAUAUAAACUGUUGCCAUAAACAAAAUAUUUUAUAAAUUAUUGAAUUUCGUUUAAGUGGCCUACUUGUUUCGUCCCUAAGGUUAGUGACUUGCUUUGAUGUAUGUAGACAUAUACCAAGGUGAUUCCAUAAGUGGUCCAUUAUGCACGAAGCACUACAAUAACCUUAUAUUAUAUAAGAUAAAGUGCAUUUCCAUGAUUAUAACUUAAGUAAAUGUAACAAGUGAUUGAUUAUGAGAUUUAUAAGAAAAUAUAAUAAUGUAUUGAAAUAUAGACUAAAAUCAUCGAUUAUCAAAUUGUGUACAUACAUAAAUAUCAGAAUAGAACCUAUAAUGUUGAAAAUUUCUACUAAGGUGGAUCCUGACAGUUAUACAUAUACAUAAAUAUGUAUAAUGCCUCACUAAAUUCAUUUGUUUUACGAAAUAAAUUUUGCAAAUAUGACUGCGAUAAAAGUUAUGUAUAAUAAUUAGGCCAAAAAAUAUGAUAUUCGUACUAUUACGAAACACGUCAUGUAUAUUCGAUGUGCUAUAUAGAAUGACGCCAAACACGCCUACUUCCACGUUAUAAUAAUCAUUAGAAUAAUGACUGUGAAUGUUGACAAAUAUAUGGAGCUUAAAUAAUAUUAUGGAUGUUAAUGAAAUAAAUGUUGAAUGUGCA